GGAUCUCAGGCCAUCCUGUUAUUCAAUAACAAAACUGCACUUCAGCUUAGAGUACCAGUCCACUCGGAAUUUUAACAGAAUCCCAAGAUGAAGGUCCUCGUGUUGUCUGCUGUACUAGCCAUCGCUUUGGCAGCUCCUUACAGCACCGACAAUGAUGACCUGGACGUGGAAGCUAUCGUGUGUAACCCGGAGACCCUUUCGAAGGUCACUCAAUGCUUCCUGGACAAGGGACCCUGCUCUGAAGUUGCUGCUCAAUUCAAAAGCGUGUUGCCCGACGCUACUGCAACAGCGUGCAGCAAAUGCACCCCAGCUCAGAAGCACAUGCUGAAGCGUUACCUGCAGCAGGUCAAGGAGACCUCCCCUGAUGACCUUCAGGCCCUAAGAGAGAAGUACGACCCUGACUCCCAACACAUUGACGCUUUGGUCGCCGCUCUGAAGGACGCGUAAACGACGUGUGUGUUACGUUUGUAAAGUUAUUUCUGUGAAAUAAAAUGUUAUGUUUAGAAAAAAUGU